GAGAAAGAAGAAGAAGAAGAAGCAGAAGCAGAAAAAGAAGGCAAAGAAAAAGGUAAGGAUGUGGAUGAAAGACCUGCUUACAUGGAUGACUUUGAUGAUGAUUUUGGUCAGCACAUGAAGGGUGAGCAUGAUGUAGAUCUUUUCCCUGAAGAAGAAGUUUUUACUCCAGUAGAUCCUAGCAAAAUGGAGGUAAAAACUAGAUUUGCAAAUAAGGAAGCAUUUAAGAAACAUCACAGGGGUUAUUGUGUUCUUAAUAAGUGUCAAUAUAUUUUGGAUAGAAGUGCUCCCUCUAGAAUUAAGGCUGAGUGUAGGUUUAAAACAGAACAUGAUUGUCCUUGGUUUGUGUAUGCUAGCAAGAAAGAGGGUGAGAAGACUUUUGUUCUUAGGAAAGUGAAUUUGGAACAUAAGUGUGAAGGGGAUCCCCAAAAUAGGAAUAGAUCUGCUGAUCCUCAUUUUGUAAAGGAUUUUGUUCUUGAUCAGAUGAAGAAUAAGCCUAAAAAAGUUGUUCCAGACCCUUAUAAAAUCAAGGAAGACUUCUUAGCUGAAAAGAGAGUAAAUAUACCAUAUCAGUGUGCAUGGAAGGCUAGGAAUCUAGUUUUAGAGUCAUUAUAUGGGAACUAUAAAGAAAGUUACAAUGAAGUACCAGCAUUCUGCAAGAUGUUUACUAAAUGCAAUGAUGGGUCUGUUGCUAAGUUCACUUUUGACACAGUGAAUAACACCUUUGAAAGCAUGACACUCUCAUUUGAACCUGCAAUGAGGGGUUGGCGAAAAGCAUGCAGGGGAUUUAUAGGGCUUGAUGCCUGCCAUCUAACAGGGGAAUAUGGGGGAGUAUUGAUGGCUGCAACUGCACUUGAUGGACAGAAUGGGUUAGUAAUGUUAGGAAUUAUGGUAUGCACAGCUGAAACAAAGGAAAAUUGGAUCAUUUUUUUGAAGCAUUUGAAGGAUGCAAUAUUAGCACAUCCAGUGAAAGUGGCUUUCAUUUCAGAUAGGCAAAAAGGUUUAUUGGAAGCUGUUGGUAUAGUGUUCCCUGGCCAUCACCACAGAUACUGUUGGAGACAUUUAUACAAAAAUUUCAAGAAGGAUUACAAGGGUCUUGAAUUAUACAGUUCUUUAUGGAAUGCACCAAAAGCAUACAAAGAAAAGCAUUUUCAGGAACAUUUUGACAAUAUUGUGAAACAGAGUGCUGCAGCUGGUGCUUAUCUCAGUAGAGAAGAUCCUGCUACAUGGUCCAGGGCCUUUUUUAACCCUAUUCACUGUUGUGAACAUAUGAACAACAAUUUUUCAGAGUCUUUUAACAAUAUGAUCAACAAGAUGAGAAAUAAACCAAUUAUAAUGAUAGGAAUAAUGUAUGCUAACUUAGUGAUGGGUACAUGGUACAAUAGGAGGAUGAAUCUGCAUCAUGGGUAGAUGGUAAUUUGGUUCCUACUGCUGUUACAUUGAUUAAGAAUAUGUUGGAAUUUGUGACUGACUAUGGUGUUGACCCUUGUGUGGAUGGAGAGUUAUAUAUGGUGACUAGUCCAAAGAAUUCUGUGUUCACAGUGAACAUACUUGCCAAGACUUGCUCUUGUUUGCAGUGGCAGUUGAGGGGGUUCCCCUGUAUGCAUGCAGUGAGUGCAUUGCAUAACAUAAGGCCACAAUGGAGAAAGUACUGCAGUGAUUACUAUUCAGUGGAGAACUAUAAGGCCACAUAUGCACCAACUUUUGCACCACUAGAUGAUAAAAGUGAAUGGGUCCAGUGGGAUCUAAUCCAACUGCAAAGAGGCAAAGGACUGAAUGUGAUGCACAAAGCUUCACCUUCAGCAACAUAGAGCCAAGUCAGACCACCGGAGUUAGGGGUGCAUCUAAGUCAAACAAGAAGAAGAGAACGACAUCAUUUGUUGGUGAAUGUUUUACAGGGCCUGGCAGUCAGCCUUUGGCAACACCAUCUUCUACUCCAGCUUCCACAACACCUAUGAGUCUGCCAUCUAUAGCACCAUCUUCUACUCCACCCUCUACAAUAAAUAACCUUUAUCAGAACUUCUUUGGCAUUGGAUCUGUAUCUCAGAAUAUAAAACAAGGAAAGGGAAGGGGAAAUGGAAAGGCUAAGAAGAAAUGAUUUGAGAUCCGUUUUCUGAUUUUUUGUGUUUAAGAAGACAAUAUUUUUUUCUUUUGUAGACUUGAAUUAAUGCUGAAUCAAAAGUGGCAGGUUGUUUAUUAGUA